GUCCUUUGCAUCUGACGGCCCACAUCUCACAAGCAUUCUCAGUCACUGAGAUACAGACCUGAUGAAGAUACAACCAUGGAUGAAGAAGAGGCUCUCAACUCUAUUAUGAAAGAUCUCGCAGCCUUGGGCAAAUGCGGGGGUCUCUUGGACAGCAACCGGAACAAGAACCACGUCCAUUCUAGCAAACAGUUGCGGAAUGCCAGGAUCAAAUUUGAACACGAUGGAGAGAAAAGGAUUAUCCAGUUCCAGAGGCCAGUUAAAUUCAAAGAAGUUCUACAGAAAGUCAUGGAUGCUUUCGGACAGAUGAUGGACUUGCACUAUGCCAACAAUGAGCUCCUGAUUCCCCUGAAAUCACAGGAAGACCUGGACCGAGCGGUGGAACACUUGGAUCUUAGCCCUUCUCUCAAGAGCCUGAGAGUGUUUGUGAAAACUCCAAAGAAAACAAACACUCUGCAACCCAACAACAGCAAGCAACACGAGAUGAGAAUAUCCAAGUCCAUGGGAGAUAUCAUGGGGUCCCUCUACAAAGACGCAGAGCGGACACGGAAGCAUUCGACAGGUUCCCUGCACACAGGCCGGAGUUCUCCACCUCCCGGGAGCGUUCCGGAAGAGCAGCAGCAAAUUGCCCGGCAGGGCUCCUACACCAGCAUCAACAGCGAAGGGGAGUUUAUCCCGGAAAUGAUGGACCAAAAUUUGUUGGAGCCGUUUAUCAGUCCAGACGACUCUCUCUCUGGAAGCUGUCAGUCCCUGGACAGAUCCAUAGACAGCCCACCCUUUAGCCAAACGCCUGUUUCAAGAAGAAACAUCAGAGAAGCCAACGGCAGCAUUGAUUGUCUAGAUUUCGAUAUCCCAUUUUGUGAGAGAUUUGGCAAAGGAGGGACCUUCCCAAGACAGUAUCAUCUUUCCCAGAGUCGCAAGGACUACACUGACGGUCGAAGAACCUUCCCCCGGAGUUACGUUCCUCCAGAGAACCUCUUCCAGCUUCUGCCGUCCAGCCGAACGAAAAGCUUCAACGGAGACAAUAAGCUGGUGACCUUGCGGUACGAGGAGCGCGGGGCCAACAAAUGGUGGCACAACUGUGACAAAAUCUUCCAAGGCUUUGGCUCUUCUCCUGCCAAGACGAGGAACACACUACAGGCCCCAGUGAACUGGCGUCUUGGGAAGCUGCUAGGCCGAGGCGCCUUUGGAGAGGUCUACCUUUGCUAUGAUGUGGACACUGGCCGAGAGCUCUCUGUAAAGCAGGUGCCUUUUGACCCCGACAGCCAAGAGACGAGCAAAGAAGUGAAUGCCUUAGAAUGUGAGAUCCAGCUGCUCAAAACCCUCCGUCACGAGAGGAUAGUUCAGUAUUACGGCUGCUUGCGGGACCCUGAGGAGAGGAAGCUGUCCAUCUUUGUGGAAUACAUGCCAGGGGGCUCUAUCAAAGACCAGCUGAAAGCUUACGGUGCCCUAACAGAGAACGUGACCCGGAAGUACACCAGGCAGAUCCUGCAAGGGGUUUUCUACCUACACAGCAACAUGAUUGUACACAGAGAUAUUAAAGGUGCCAACAUUUUGAGGGAUUCUGUUGGGAAUGUGAAACUAGGAGACUUCGGUGCCAGCAAACGCAUUCAGACCAUCUGUAUGUCCGGAACCGGGAUGAAAUCUGUCACAGGGACGCCCUACUGGAUGAGCCCUGAGGUGAUCAGUGGAGAAGGUUACGGACGGAAGGCUGACGUGUGGAGCGUAGGCUGCACCGUGGUAGAAAUGUUGACUGAGAAGCCACCUUGGGCGGAAUUUGAAGCCAUGGCGGCCAUUUUCAAGAUUGCGACGCAGCCCACGAAGCCUCAGCUUCCGGACGGGGUUUCGGACUUCUGCCGCAGCUUCCUCAAGUUGAUCUUUGUGGAGGAGAAGCGGAGGCCCACGGCAGAAGAUCUCCUGAGGCACCCUUUUGUGAGCUUUAGCCUCUAGCAGGCCUUCUUCUGAGAGGAAAGGAAAAGACCAAAGGUUCACACAGUAACGGUGGAGUGAGCAACAAAAAGACCUGCACACUUCUAAAUUCAGCCUCAAUUUCCUGUUUGGGUUACUCUCAUACCUGCCGCGUUGUUGUCCAUCAUGCCUCGUUGGCCAGGCAGCGGCCAUCUUGUCAAGCCUCUAAGCUGCACUUUCAGCCAUCUUGACUUUGUGGAGCCUGAUGAGUCUUUGAGAUGGAAGGAUUUUGGGGGGGAUGAGGUGAUGCUAGCAAUAGGACAUGUUGCCUUGUGAACGCUCGUGGAUUGUCUGCUCACGUAGCUUUCGCACUAGGACCUGAUGGACUUGAACAGCCACCAAAGAACAAGGUGAAGGAUGCUGACAGCUUUUCGUCAACGGAUAACUGUCAUUGUUGACAAGAACAUCCUGGUAAAAUGGCAGAAAACAGCAACAUGGGCAGCACUGCUCUACGGAACUAGCUUUGUCUGUCGUUGAGGCCAGAUUCUGGUGGCUGUUAAAACAGAACCCAGGAUGAAGCAAGCAGAAAUAAAUCCAGCACAAAACCAGCAAUGGCACAUGUCUACUUCUCUCUGAAAAAGGAAAAGCCAUGACUUAUAUCAGGAAGUCCGGUGCACAUAGAACCACCUGUUGGGAGCAGGAGAACAACGAGGGUAGUUUGUAUCUUAAGUAGUAAUUAUAAUCAAAGGCUAUAGCGGUGAUCCAACCUCAAAUGGUCAAGUUGGGGAUAUGACUGCAAAGUAAUCAUGUGGAAUAGAACACUACAGAAAUGUACAACUGUAUGAGAUUCCUCCAAAGCUAUUUAUCUUUCCCUUGGACCAAAAGGAGAAUUAGUUAUAUCCAACCCAGCUAUAACAGAAAUAGUGGUUUAACUCUUUGUUUAAAAUUUCAAGUGAUGGGGACUUUGUCAGCCUCCUUGCUUAUGUCUGGGGCUCAGUGUGUGAGGAAGAUGUGAUGGUAAGGAAAUCCACAAGCUUCUACCUACAAUAGUUCUGCUCAGCGCAGUUACAAAGGACCAGUAUAAACUAUAAGGCUCCCUUGCAGAGGCUAUCAAAAAGCAUUUCCCCAAGAUGGAAGUCACGUUUUAACGUGAUUUACUAUUAGAGCUGCAACAUUUAGUUGAGCGGAGGGUAACACACACCACUGUUGUCAUGACAUUGUUUCCCACCAAAAUCGGGCUCCCCAUAGCCCGCUGUUUGCCAGACCUCUGAGAGCGAAAUUGUACUGGGAGAUUGGGUGUGCAAUCCCAGCAUACCCUGUUUCUCAGCAGAGUCGCUUUUUCUGUGGGGGGAUCAUUACAUGUAUCUUUUGUUUUUUAAGAUGCACAUUUAUGCAGAUCGAAUGAAGUGGUUGGUUGAUAAUCAACUAAAUUCAUAGGAUUCAUUGAGUGAGAUGAUUUCAGUUGGGUGAUAGCCCUAUUCUUUGCUGAAUGCAUUGUCCCAAAGUCAUGUACAGCACUGCAUAUCCUCAGCGUAAUGGUGCGGGUGUACAAAUAUAGCAUGCGCUUGUGGGGGAAACACGUGGUAAGGAAUGUUUAAAUGUUACAGAACUUGAAUGGAUCCGCUCUACACGGAAGGCCUUUUCAGUACACCCCAGGCGGGCCAUAUAUCAGCCCCAAGGGUGUCUUGAUUGGACUAAAAAGCAAGAGAGACAGCACACUGCCAGCCAAUCAGGGCAAAGCAAGUGCGUCUGGCCAUGCAUUUUCUUAGUUGGUCAGUGCUGCUCUUUGGCAAUCCCAUGGAAACAUGGCAUAUAGUAGUGGCCCCCAUAGCUACAUUAUAUCUAACCCCUCCCCCCCACCAAAAAUCAGAUUCUGUAUAAAGGUAUAAACCAGACCAUGUGUCCUAAGUUAGUUGUGCGUUUUAAGCAAAAGUAUUCUGUAUAUAUUUUGCUGAGUUUACAUUCUGUCUUCUCUGCUCAUGGUAGAAAAGCAGCACCCCGAAACGCUCUUGUUUGACUUCCUCUGUGUCCUUGGUAUCUGAUACUUCACCAGGCAAACACAUUUUCUGGAUCAUAUCUAAGGCCAUAAGGACUAAAACAAGCAAGAAAUUGUCUGUUAUUGAACAGUUAUUAUUAUUUUCUCUUUUUUUCUUUUUUGUAAUUGCACAGUGCACUUGAAGAGAAGUGGAAUACAGCCAGUCCUGGCUAAGGUUGUAAUUUAUGUCCCAUUCAUUUUAAUGGAUCUGGAUUACGCCAUAAAUCAGUUUCAACUAGGCACCGAAACUGGUGCAAAAGACAGGACGUUGAUUUAAAGAGGAGCAAACAUGAGAAGACUCACUCGGACAUUGUAUGUUAGUUCUCACUAAGAUUUUUAAGAAAAUUGAUUCCCUGGUUACCUUUUUAAUACACGCACACUCGCCCCGACUAAUUUGAUUGCAGAGAGAUGGUUCCAGCCUCUACCAUCUGGAUUUAAUUCUUAGUCCGUAGGGAACGUUUGGGAAAAUGUUAAUACUGGGGAAUGGAUAUGUCCAAAGGCUGAUGCUUAUGCAUGGGCAGGGCCGUAGCCUGACCUACUUUUAAAAGAUCUGUUUACAACGGUUGUGAGACAGUGUCUAAGGCCUCGUUCACACACUCAAGCGUCAGAGGUUAUCAUCUCAGGCCUCCUGCCAUGACCUUGUCUACAUCAACAGCACAUUCCAGUAUGUCUUCUGUAUCUUUGCUGGGUUUUUUGGGGUCAUUUACAGGUUACUGUGUCCUCUGUGGUACUGUGAACCCCAGCCACUGAAGAAAAGCAAACCUGUUCACAUUUACAAGGUCACUUACCCGAGAAUGAAGAAAGGGAAAUGAAGUAAAUACCCCUGAUUUUAUCAGAGGUUCCUACCUCUCUCUAACCUCAUUUCUGCCUUCUAUCCAACUUUUGAAUGUGUAGGUAGGCCAAAGGUUAAAAUGAGUUGAAGGAUUGUUAAACCAGGAUAUCUGAUUGUCUAAGAAGCCACUGGUUCACCAGGCAUCCUUCAUCUUGUUCACUGAAUUUGUCUACUUCUGGUCCCCCCCCCCCCCCGCCCUUUUCUUUUCUUUUCUUUCAAACCCAACUCAGCCAUCCUGGAUUUCAUGACACAUGAAGUUUUCCAAAUGGAUGCACUGAUUAUCCACCGAUUCCUUACAGAGAUGGUCUUUCCUGCCAUAGGGCACACAGCCUUUGUCACUGAUAUAUACUUCUGCCCUCCUCUGUUAAUAUAUGUAAAUAGAUGUGAAUGACCCCUAAGGUGCCUUUGCUUCUGUUUUGUCAAACUCUUGCAGUGAUUCAGGUGUACAGAAGAGAACAAGAAAGACCAAAAGGAAAGGUCAUGGUUUGGAUUCGGACUUUGUCGUACUUCAGAAUUGACCCAGUGAAAACAGUGGGAAUUACAACAAACUAACUUAAUUCCCCUGUAUUUCAAUGGGUCUAUACUAAGUAUGACUAAGUAUGAAUCCAAAGCAAUGUAUGCGCCAUGUACAUAUUUUUAAAAGGUGCAUAGCCUGUCAGGAGGUGGGUUCCUGAUGUAUAAUAGGAACUCUGCUUUUGAAAACAUUACGAUCUCAUUCCUAAGACUAUAUCGUCAUAUAUAUGAAUUGUGAUGCCCCCCUUCCUUGCACAAGAAAAGGGUUUAAGAGUGAACUUGUAUGUCAUCUAACUUGUUAUUUCAGCCCCUCAAACUGGUUUCGGCGCAUGCUGCUUCAUGGACAUAACUUCACUUUCAAUUUAAACUGAUCUAAAAUCAGAUUAACCAUUGCAGCUUCUUUCCCAGGAGUUAUGGAAGUUGUAGUUGUGCAGUUUUGGGAAACAUUUGUUAGAGAUCCUUUUCAUUUUCACAGAUCUACAAUUCCAAGGCAGGAAGGCCAUAGCUGUUAAAACAAGGCUCAAUUCCUUUGUAUUUUUAGACAGAAAACAGUCCCACAACUCCCAGCGAGCUAUGCUGGGUGGGAAAUACUGGGAGUUGUAGGAUUUUUUUUUCUGUCUAAACAUGCAUAGGAUUGUGCCUUAAAUUCAUAAUGUAGACAUGCCCAUGGACCCAUAUAAUUAGAAGACGCCAAAGAACAUCUAAUCCAAGGCUCCAUUUAAAACAAGUCAAUAUAGCCAUUAGUCUUCCAUAAUGUUUCCCCACUGCAUGCCAAGCUCAAGACGUGCUUUUCACUGCCUUGGUGGGAACUAUUAUUAUUUGCUGCUCAGCUAUUGCAGGAGGCCGUGUCCCUCUUUAGCCAAAAUUAGUCUUUCUCCCGUCCCACCCCCUUUCAUAGGUUAAAAGAGGAGCAUUCUGGGAUUCUUUUUCUGUAGUCAUCCAAGUGGUACCUACGGAAACCAAAACAGCUUUUAAGUUAGUGGUUUGAGUUUUGAGGCUAUAAUUUGAGCAAGAUGCCCCCCUGGAAUUAGAGGCAGCUAUAAAAAAAAAUUAUUGGGGGUGGGGUGAGAGUGAUAAUAUUAAAGCCACUUAUUAAUGGGCUUUUUUAAAGUAAUGUAUUCAGUUCUGAAACUUGACAUUUGAAUGCGUUCCAAAACAUGGCUACUCAGUACGGGAUAUGCACAUAAGAAACUAGGAAAGGAUGUUCUCUGUUCAGAUUUGAAACGUUGCUAAUAAUCAGACAGGACCAAUGAGAAAGUAAGUAGACCAACUUUUUGUCUCCAUUAAAAUAGGGAAGUAUGCAUUCAUUUCCUUUGGUUUGUGUCUUAGCUGAGGGAAGGAUGAAGCCUUAAGAUGUCUCAAAACGCUUUAGAGGUGUGAGUUUUGUUCACACAUUUGCAAAACACAGUACCCUUUGUUCUGUGCACGCACUGACGUGUUUAAAAUAUUUUAACCCUGACAUACCAAUAAGCAGUGGGGCAUUAUGCACUAUGCGAAAUCAUAACGUGAACGAUGCAUGGGCUGCGUGCUGAAACCUAGUUUUUAAGACUGCCCACUUUUCAACCCCUUAUAAUAUAAAUGCCACUGUUAAAGCUCUUUAUCCUGAUAAGUUCAUACUCUCGGUGGUAUGGAUAAUUUUAAAUAUUGUAAAUUAUUACAGCUCUCGAAGGAUUUGUUGAUAGGAAAGAAAAAAAGAUACUGCUUUUUGGGGCAUGUGGAACACAUUGUUGAAUGUACUUUGUUAAAUGCUGUAAAUGCUUUUUAUCUUCUCCCCUUCCCGAUGCAUGAAAUAAAAUAUUUUUAAAUUUUGUGGUAA